ACCGCUUACCACACCUGAGGCUCAACUUUCGUUUUGAUUUCGUACUAAAGGAUAGAUCUAGGACAUUAUGGCCACUGUCACUUCAAACAUCCAUUGUGAUUUGACAGUCUGUUCUAUUUAUUUGGAACAUUACAAAUCACCAAGGUAUUUACCGUGCACACACACUUUCUGUCAUCCGUGUCUACUGUCACACAUCAAGUCGUCGUGUGCGGACUGCAGUCUACCGCUCGGAUUUUCAUGUCCGCUGUGUCGAACGUUCGUCUCCGCGCCUGGUAAUGUUGGCCAGUUCACUCCAGAAGAAUGGGCAGGCAGAUUUCCAGAAAACCGAUUUAUGAGCUCUGUUGCAAAUCAAUGCGAGCCUUGUGACAUUGAUGGAGACGACAAACCUGCUAGUGGUUGGUGCAGAGACUGCUCCGAGGCCUUGUGCGAGGAGUGUCUUCAGUGGCACAAAAAAUUCAAACCUUCUAGAAAUCAUGAAAUAGUUCCUCUCACUGAAGGGGCUAUUCCUUCUACUUCUACCCCAUUACUGGACAUGUGCGAGGAUCAUGAGGGGCGAAAAAUUGAAAUGUUUUGUGAAAGUCAUCUCGCACCAUGUUGUGUCCUCUGUGUUACAACAGAACACGGUAAAUGUAAAAGCAUUUGUUCGAUAGAGGAAGCGACCGAUAAAGUAAUAAAACCUGGGAAAGUAAAACGCUUGCGAGAUGAUGUCGAUCGACUUGAAGUCAUGUUAGAAAAGGUUAUUACUGAAGAGAAAGCCAACAUCCAAGAUAUCGAAGAUGUAGCUGACAAGUUAGGGGAAGAAAUUUCGGGAGCGAAAGCAGCCAUUAUUGAAACUGUAACAAAGCUGGAGGAACAACAUUUAAACGAAGUAGGAAAGGCAACUAAAGAUGCUAAAGCAAAACUUCAAAAAUCAAUCAACACUUUCGAACAGAGGCAAUGUUAUCUUCGCCACUGGAAAGAAAUACUCGGGAAAAAUUUAUUCACUGAUGGGUCAUCAAAAACAAUUGUCGCAUUGUCUUAUACCAAAAUGGAACGUAUAUUUCAAACUUUGAAAGAAAUGGAAAUGUCUCAGCUCAGAUUUGGAAUUCAAGCCAAGAUACAAGAUGACGGUUACGUCUUCAUCAUAGCCACCACAGCAAUCAUCAACAGCGCCACCAUCCUGGAGUCUGUCAUGGAGAGACCACCCAUAUAAUUCAUCGUCAUAUAGAUUAUCGUUUUAUAGUUAAUCAUUUUUGUCAUAUAAUUUAUCAUCGUCAUUUAGACUGUUAUUUUUGUCAGUAACUGUAUUUAAAGGAAGUGAACAU